AUGUUCCCUGAGGGAAUUACUUUUGAACGAGUGGAUCCUUACAGCCUAGUGAAGGGAAGCAAGUUUGUCAGCAAGAAUGCUUUCAAGAAGCAUUUGAGGGCCUACUAUGUGAAGCAUAGACAUCAGGUCAAGUUUAAAGAUUCAAACAACUACAAGAUUAGGGUGAAGUGCAUUCAUCAUGAGAAGACCAAGUGUCCUAUGUUAAUUUAUGGAAGAGUUUUGAAGGGUGAAGGAACUACAUUUACUCUGAGAAGUUGGAAUGUGAAGCACACAUGCAAUGGAAAUGUUAAAAGGGAGAACAGAUGUGAAAAUCCAGAAUUUGUAGCUGACUGGUACAUGCAAAGGUUGGAGACUCUUGGUAACAAAAACAAAAUCCCUGAUCCUGAAUCAUUGGCAAAUGAGUUCAACAAAACAAUGAAAGUGAACAUUAAGUACCAUACAGCAUGGAGAGCAAGAAAUAUUGUGUUGCAGAAUCUUCAUGGCAGCUAUGAGGAGCAGUACAAGAAAAUUCCUGCAUUCUGUGAAAUGGUGAAGGAAAAAAUGCCUGGCAGUGUAGCUAGUUUCUCAUAUGGAAGCACAAACAACACAUUCUUGUCAAUGACACUCUGCUUCAAGCCUGCUAUAGAAGGAUUCUUGGCUGGAUGUAGGAAAAUCAUUGGAUUGGAUGUUUGUCAUUUGUAUGGGAAGUAUGGUGGUGUGUUACUGGUUGCAACAGGUCUAGAUGGUCAGAAUGGUUUAGUACCUCUUGGUAUAAUGGUGUGUAGGAAUGAAACCAUUGAGAACUGGAAGAUUUUUCUCAAAGACUUGAAAGCUAUACUGGGUAAAGACUUGCAUUUCACCAUUAUAUCAGAAAAGCAGAAGGGGAUUAGUGAAGCUUGUGACAAAUACUUCUUCUUGGAUGAGCACACAUUAUGUUUCAGACAUUUUAUGAAGAAUUUCAAGAAGUAUUUCAAGUUAUACAACUUACAUGUUCAUUUCUGGAAUACUGCCAAAUGUUACAAGAAGAGACACUAUCAGCAACACAUGGAUAAAUUAUUUGUUGAGGAUGAAAAAGCUGCACUGUAUCUCAUAUAUCAAAAACCUGAAAGCUGGUCUAGGUCUCAUUUCUCAAAUGACAGCAAGUGUGAGCACAUCAACAAUAAUUUCUCAGAAUCUUUCAACAACAUGGCCAAGCCCUUUAGAGAUAAGCCAAUCAUUACACUUGCACAAAUGUAUAAUAAACUAGUGAUGGGUCUUUUCUUCAAGAUGAGGAAUGAAAGUGAAAACUGGCAGGAUCGUGAGAUAGUUCCAAAGUUGUUUGCAGUGGCAUCUGGGGGAUUUCCCUGUCAACAUGCUAUAGUUGCUUUAACACCAUUGAGACCAAACUGGGUUGACUACUGUGACCCUGUAUACAGUGUGGAAUACUACAAAAAGACAUAUGCUCCAGAGUUUGAACCACUGUCAGCUGAAAUUGACUGGAAUAUACUGGUAGAGUUCAUUAAUCCUCCUGUUAUCAUAAGAAAAACUGGAAGGCCAAGAAAGAAGAGUAUUCCUUCUUAUGAUGAAGCUGGAAGUGUGAAGAAAAUGAGAAAGUGUAAGAAGUGUGGAGUUUAUGGUCACUAUGCAAUAACUUGUGCUGGUGGAGAGGUUGGAAAGAAUCCAAAGGGAGAAAAACCUAGAACCUGUGUUGAUGGCUCAACAUCAUCUACUUAUGUCCCUGAACCACCAAAAAGAAAGUACAAUAGAAAGAAACCGGUUGUUAGUGCUUCUGCAGGUGCAUCUACUACUGCUAAGGAAGGAAUGAAGAACCAAAACAAUUCAGAAUCUUCUAAACAAGGUGUUGCAAAAGGGAGAAAGAGAAAGGCUUCUUCUCAACCUGCUUUCAAUCAGACUAAUCAACAUGUUGGAUCUGUCAACAACAAAGUCACCUUCACAGUUGCAGAUCCAAAGGGAAAGAAGAAACCAAAGAAGUACAUGAAAGUCUGUUGGGUUGGUUGUCUCUUUUGUUUUUGUUCUGUGACUGGAUCUGAACAAUAUGGUUGA